GACUGCCAGUCCAUUGCAGGCCAUAAACACUUCUCCAGUUUUGGUAAUGCGAUGCCAUUGCACCGAUCUUAACAGUCGAUAUAAAGUAGGAAUAGCAUGGUGAAUAAUUUAAGCAAACGUUUAAUUAAAUUUAAUUUAAUUUAAUUGAGGCAGGACAAAUGAAACUUAGAGGACUUUAGAACCUCAUCCUUUGGCUGAAUAUUACACUCCCUUUCUUCCUGUUCCACGAACACAGUCAAGUGCAACUGUAGCGGCAGUUCCUAUAUAGAAUCAGAUGUGAAACUGAAAUCAGUCGAUGCAGGAAGAAGAUCGUUGUUAGCAAUGGCGGUCCAGUCGCUGUACCUGGCAAUUUGUACAGUCAUCAUAACAUCUAUAACGAACGCGCAACCAUUAACGGAUAUCACCAAUGAAACCUUCAUCGACAUGUGUGUCAGCGCUCACAAUAAGCAUCGCUCCAGGGUGACCCCCCCGGCGAGCGACAUGAUGUACAUGACUUGGGAUGAGACUUUAGCAAAAGUUGCUCAGGACUGGGCAAGUAGAUGUAUCUUCGACCAUAAUCCCUUACUGCAAAUGCCAUACAAGCUGCACCCAUCAUUCAAAGCAGUAGGUGAAAAUAUCUGGAGGGGAUGGCCAGUCUCCAUAUUCAGUGUGGAGCCUGCUGUACAGCUGUGGGUUGACGAGGUGCAACAUUACACCUACAUGACGAAGAAAUGUACUGGCGUCUGUGGCCAUUACACUCAGGUCGUGUGGGCAAAGAGUUACAAGGUCGGUUGUGCUGUCCAUGUCUGCUCGGGAAAUCCACAAUUUGCAAUAUUUGUGUGUGACUAUGGAGACGCGGGGAAUUUCGUGGGACGUUACCCAUAUCAGCAAGGAACUCCCUGCUCUUCAUGUCCUGGGAAAAAGUGCUUGAGCAAUUUGUGCUAUGACCCCAAAGAGGUCAAGUUGAAAGAAUACGACUGGGCGUCCGACUCGGACCAGACUUCAAACAAAAUAUGUAGCCUGUACUGUGUCUCUGUGCUGGUCUGCAGGCCCCUACUGCUCCUCUUCACGGUGCUGGGCGUGUUAGGCGUGCAGAAGUUCUACCCCAAUCUGUUUGUAUCUGAGUGAUAGAGAUGGUGUUUCUCUUAGUGGUAAAGGAGACGUACAUGUGGUAAGAAGGGACCGGGUUUCAAUACCUACACUAGUGGCCAAAAUUGUGGAAACACUUCCAACUUUUAUAGAUUGCAGAACUUUAACAUUAACAUUUCAUUGUUGCUCCAGUUACUUAUUUAAUCGUCCAAUGCAUGUCCAAUCAUCCAAAAUGUCCAGCUCUAUAAAUGAACUCUCUCCAAGAAUUUUUCUGAUGCCACUUUUAAUGAUAGUGAAGUGGUAAAUUUUUAUAUAAAAGGAAAAUCAAAUGAACGUUAGCAGAAGCAUAGUCUUAUUGCAAGAACGUGAGAUGGUGCUCCACUCUAUGAGGAACCAGACAAGGCUCACCAAAAAGGAGAACGCUGAUCACUUGUCUAUAUCAGGCCCAACGUUAAAACUGUGGAAGCCAUUUUAGAAAGAUCGUGCAAAUGAGACUGCAGUGGAUGCCAGUGCCAAGGUGACAUGAAAAUCAACCCGUGCCGACUCAGCAUCCAAGAACUUGUCCUUGGAGAAUCUACCUUCCAUUAGCGCGACUUCAAGUCCAGCUCAGCUGCAUGGAGCUGCAGUAACUCAGGGAAAUGUUCUGUUAGUUGCUCUGACCCACCUACAAAUACCACAAUUUGUAGAGGAAGGGAAUGGGGAGCAUUUUGCAAAGCAAGUUUAUGAAUAUAGCAUUUUACAGCAUAGAAAAGAGUUACUCCACCCCCCAUAGAUUUCACAUUUUCAUCAGCUUGCCGGUUAAAGCAAGCCUGUUAACCGCAGUGACUUGGCUGUGUUAAGUAGCCGCCACUGCAGCAUCAGCUCUGUGUCUGUCAUUGUGCUUGAUCAUACAUCACCUUGACUUCUGGCGUAAUAUGUGGUGCUAGUGUGCGCUGCAGGCACGUAAAUAUGACCAUCCCCCCAAAAUGUGUUACAUUAAUGAUUUUUCUAAGACAGCUAAAUGUUGUGGUUUUCUUUGGAAAUAUGAAAAAAGGAAGUCCAGCGAGUGGUAGAAACUGUGGUUUUUGCAGGAGCUAUAUUUACAUAAACUAUAUUUUAUAGAAGCUAGCUUUGAAACACAAAUAAACUGGGCCUAACUUGCAAAGUUGUGAUGUAAUAGUCCAUUUUAUGCAGCAUUUUUCAAUAAACCUGUCACAUCUCA